AUGUGUCUCGGUUCCACGGCAAUAAUCCAGUAUGGUUUGUCUUUGUCAAAGAUGCCCCCCGAGAACCAACAGCCUAGUCCAGACCAACCUUUUCCUCUUCCUACGAGUCGUGAGGUUUCAAGCAUCCCUAAGGCUGACGGGAAGGAGGAUGAACGAUGGGUCUACCCGUCGCCCCAAAUGUUUUGGAAUGCUAUGCUCCGCAAGGGUUGGCGCUGGCGGGAUGACCAGGUGUCACCGAAGGACAUGGAAAACAUCAUCCGUAUUCAUAAUGCUAAUAACGAAUUGGCAUGGCGGGAGGUCCUAAAGUGGGAAGCUAUGCAUGCAGAUGAGUGUCUUACUCCAAAACUGCGGAGGUUUGCGGGUGACUCACAGAAUUACUCCAUGCGCGCACGAUUGCGUCGUAUGCUGGGAUACCAAUUGCCAUUUGACCGACAUGACUGGGUGGUUGACCGUUGCGGCAGGGACGUGCGUUACAUAAUCGACUACUACGACAGCGGGAAGGACGAGGACUACAAUUUCGCUCUUCUUGACGUGCGGCCUGCUCUCGACUCUUUCUCUGCUGUCUGGGAUCGAACAAAAGUGGCUUGGCUGCGCUGGACCACUUCCAAACAACCGCCAUCAUCAGAAAAGUCACAGUAA